AUGAGAGGAUUAUCCUUCCGCUACCGGGUCCGUUUCACGAGGGCGGAUGUAUUCGUCUCUCUUACAUUGGCUCAGACCGGUUUGUGCGGAGAAGUGGAAUGGCCGACAUCGAAACAGGCCCGCCGAAGUUCGCCCCGAAUCACGGCAUGGGGUCAGUGCUCUACCAUCGGGGCAAUGAUCAAUCAUCGUGUUGAUGACCACCCCGGCGAAAAUCCCUCUGGUGUCAUUGGGCGAGACAACAGCAGGGCGACCGGCUACGCAUUAUUACGACCUACCACCGAGGGCUACGUCUCUCACAACUUCGCAGACAGGAGAUCUCAGACACUCAAUUCUGCGAUACCGGAUGGCCAGUUCCAACUCAAACUGCUCGGCCUGCUUUCUCGGGUCAGAGGCAUUGCCUUGGAUCGAGUGAGCGUCUCGGGAGCCAAAUCCAGCUCCUACAUCCCCGACAUCCUGCUAUCGUACGCUGGCGCUCUGCAGAAUGCGCAGCGACCAGCCGAAGCCGAAGCCCUGGAGCAAGCCCGGCAGAAAUGUGUCGAUGAGAAGGUCUUUGGCGGACUCGGCUUGGUCGACGCCACGGUCGAAGCAACGCCUGCUCAGGAAGCCGAGGCUCUGUUCCUUGUUGAAGCAUGGCUCGAAGCCAUCAACGCCAGGGAGAAGGCCAGGGACUACUUGUCUUAUCGACGUUCCCCAGCACCGGGCACGAGGCCUAUGAAUCUGGCCCAGAAGAUCUUUGCCCAACAUGCGCUGGGAGAGAAGCCGGCCAACAGCCUCGGCACCGCGGAUGUCAUGAUGGCUCUCGCACUGGGCGAGACGUGGUUCAAGAUCCCGGACUCGAUCCUCAUCGAGAUGGUGGGACAGCCCGCUCUGGGAAUGUCCGGCAAAGACGUCAUCCUGCACAUCCUGGGCGAGCUGAAGAGAAACACGGUCGCCGCGGAGCGCAUCGUCGAGUUCAGUGGCGACGGGCUCAAAUAUCUGUCCAUCGACGCGCGCUUCGCCAUCUCAAACAUGUGUACCGAAUUCGGCGCCAUCACGGGCAUCUUCGUCCCCGACCGCGUGACCAGCGACUAUAUUGCCCGACGCCGGCGCAAGGCCAACAAACCCCAUUCGCUGUAUUUCCGGCCAGAUCCCGACGCCGAGUAUGCCGGACGAUACACGAUCGACCUGUCGCACGUCGAGCCGGCGAUCGCUCGAUAUCCCAGCCCCGACGAUGUCGUGCCCGUGUCGGAGUUGGCGGGCACGCCACUCGACGGCGUCUUCAUCGGCGCAUCCAAGGGCAAGAGACACUACGUGCCUGGCUCGCUGCCCAUUGUCGAGAAGCUCAAGCGUCUGCACUUGCUGGAGAUUUAUGAAGCCGCCGGCUUUUCGCGAGGACCGCCUGGGUGCUCAUAUUGCAUGGGAUUGUCUGCCGAGAAGGCGAGUGAGGGAGAGACAUGGCUGAGUUCGCAGAAUCGGAAUUUCAAGAACCGAAUGGGGAAAGGUGCAUUCGGCCAUGUCACAUCUGCCAUUGUCUGCGCAGCCUCGAGCUUCGACAUGACCAUCACCAGUCCAGUCGACUUUCUCAAAGACUUGGACCUGGCCUUCUUCAAACAGUACCGUCAGCUCCCGGACUUCAACCUGGCGCCGAUCGAGUACGUCGAGCCCGACCUGAGUUCCGGAACAGAUUCGUCUCAAACGACGAACCUCCAACAGAAGGACCUGGCAAGCGUGGGUGCUCCGUCAGUCAGCGACUCGGGGAAGACGACCAGCAACGCCAACAGCAUCCCUGACAAGAUCGCCAGCAAGAUUGUCACGUUGGGCGACUUCAUAGACACCGACGCUCUCGCGCCAGGCCCCACGCUCACCACCUGCGUGACCGACGAGGACUUUGGCGCCCACGUCCUUGAAUACACGCACCCCGACUUCCGCGCCCGCGUGCGCGACCAGCACCACCAGAUCGUCGUGGCCGGCCAGGCCUUUGGCGUCGGCUCCAGCCGCGAAGUAGCCGUCUCAGCCCUCAAGGGCGUGGGUGUCAAGGCCGUCAUCGCCCGCUCCUUUGCCUUCAUCUACGGCCGGAACCAGCCCUCCUUGGGGCUUUUGGCCGUCACGGUCGUCGAGGACGAGUUUUUCCAAGCCGCCACCGACGGGGAGGAGAUUGUCUUGGACAUCCCGCGCAGGUCGGUCAGUGUCGGGGCCGGCGGCAGGUUGGGCACUUGGUCCUUCCAGUUGAGUGAGAUGGAGUUCAAUCUGACGGUGAAUCAUGGCUUGACCGAGAGCUACAACAAGUUUGGAAAGAGCAUUUGGGGGAAGUUCACAGGUUCGGGCUCGGGCAAGAACGAGGACAAGUCAGUGGCCAAGGCCUUGGAGGAGGGUGUUGCAACGGAGCGGACGAGUCAGGAGCGAAAGGUCCAGUGGUGA